UAUUUUCAAAUUUCCUUAUGCAUUACGGCGCUAUAAGUGAGCGCUUUGUAAUAACAAUACGCAUUUUCGAAAACAUGGCGGUCGGUGUAGAUACGUCAAAAUGGAAACCUAGACGAGUUAAAGGCACCCCAGCCGCUGGAUUUAGAAACGCAUUGAGUAUUGGCGUUAUAACCGCCGGAAUUAUAACUGGAUUAAUCUUCCAUUUUGGUAGCUUUACAACCAACUUUCGUAAAGCAUGGGAUGUACUGUAUGAAGAUCCAAUAGAAGAGGUUGAAAGAAGGAUGCUCAUUGCCAGUUCUUUGUCAAGCAAAACUGGCGAUCAAAUUCGAGAGGCGCUUGAGGAGGCUAAACGUAUUGACAGACCAGAAGCAUAAUGAAUGUAGGUUGUAAUAGAGAUUGGGCAAAGAUUCCUGGAAGACCAGCCAGCCCUGAAGUCUCAAGUAGCACAAAAAUGAAUUUCAGUGAAAUAGAGUGCUCUCAAGAAGAACUAGACGUUGUAUUAAGUGGACUUUUAACACAAAGUAAAAAAAUAAUAAGCUUGAAACAGACGGAAAAAGAACAUUUGCAGAUACAUGCCAGUAAAAAUUUAAAAAGUAAAGUAAAUAAUCAAUUAAGUAGUAAUAAUGAUAUUCCUAGCGUAAUCACAGAAAGAGAGGAAUCAAAUGAAGAAAUAGCAACUGAAAAUAAAAAUACAAAUCAUGAAGUAAUAUACAGAAGUUGUUCUCCAGAUAUUUUUGAUGAUGAAGAGUCAGUAUUAGAAGUAAUUCCCACAAAUACUACAGUACAUGAAAAGGCUAGUUAUAUAAUGGAUUUGACUGAAUGUGUCAAUAAUGUGCCUUUGAAGAACAAAACAUUUACAAAUAGUAAUGUCACCUUAUCUCAAAAAAGUAAUCCAGAACUAACAAGAAGAAUAUCUGAUGAUUUUAUGGAGAUUACUGAAUGUGUUGCCCAUACAUCUAAUGCUAUACAUGUAAGUGUGAAUCCAAAAGAAGUGCCUGAAGGCGAAGAAGUUGUUACGAUUGAGAAAAAUGAAGGUACAUUAGAUUUAACACAAUCAUCAGAAUCAGGUGAUGAUUUACCCGAAGUAUAUUUUGGUAGUAACAAAAAUUUUGAUGAUACAAUGCCGUUAAAUGUUAGUGAUUAUGCAGGAAUAAUAAAUAAGGACUUUAAUCCAAGUAAAAAAGACAAUUGUGAUGUGUUGUAUGAUUUAACUCAAGAUGACGUUAUAGAAAUUAAAGAAGGAAGAGAUGCUUCCCAUACUAAUAAAGGCUCUAAAAGCGUAGAAAAUAAUAGUGAUAACAUUUGUAGCAAUGAUAAACCAACACAACACACCAAAGGAAAUGAAAACAACAAACAUUUUAUUAAAUCUCCAAAUUCGUCUAACCCUAGUAGCAUCACUCAAAGCAAUACCAAUAGCAAAAUCAAUGAUGAAGAUCUCAUCACAGAAAAUAAUAGGAUUUUGAAAUCAUUACCUACAGACAAUACUAAAAACCAAAUAAGUGAAAACAAUGUAUGUACAGAAAUUAAUAAUGAUUUACCUGACGAUAAUGUCGAUUUGACACAAUCAUCAGACGAAACCGUUGCUAUAGAAAAGAAUACUAACAGCCAGGUAAAGAACAAUGAUACUGCAAGAAAUAGUAAUCUGGAUGUAUUCAAUAUUACUCCAAAUAAAUGUGAUGAUAAUGGAAUACAAGACUAUGAAAUAGGCGCGGGGGAAGUAAGCAAUAACGAUAUGCUCGAACCAAAUAUAGAUUUGACUCAAUCGUCAAAUACGUCAACUCCAAAAAUGGAUGGAGUUUAUGAAAAAUAUAGCAGUUUCGAGCAUUCACUUGAAAAUAGUAAUGAUAGUGAUAAGACAAUUAUUUUACCAUUGCAGGACGAUAGUGAUAAAGUAAUUCAAAUCCAGGACGAUCACAAUAGUUUAGGUAACAAAGAUAAUAUAUCUGUAGUUUAUGACGAAGUUUCUUUCUUGUAUAAUGCAAAUGAAGUCUACAAAGGAAAUAAUUCCCGCACAUCUCUAACUAAAGGUUAUGAAGAUGAAAAUAAAAGAGAUCAUUCAGAUUUGGGUGAAGGUCUUGUACGUCGAAUAGACAGCAACAGUAAUGGUAGUGACAAGACAGUAAUUUUACCUUUAGAAGACAAAACUGAAAAAACUUCAAGUCUGUAUAACUUGGGCAAAAAAGAUAACGUAUCAAUAGAUUAUGAUGAAGUUUCUAUUAUACAUGACUACUACGAUGUAAGAGAUAUGUCCAGAUCAUCAAAUAGUUCAAAAGCGAAGGACAACAAAGGAGACUUUUCGCAAUCAACUCAAAAUUCCGAAUUCAGAUUAACUGACAAUGAACUUAACUAUUCUCUUCACAAGUCUAAACGUGAGAAUUUUGAUUUUGGAGGUCUAUCAAUAUUAGAUAAUUUACCGAAUGUUCCUAGUUUUCGAAAAAGUAGGGAGCAGGGAGGUGGCAAUUUAAACAAAGAUGAUUUGUUAUUAGAGUUAAAAAGUAAUGAACAUGAUAUAAGAGAAGGUACGCCAGACAAAAAUAUAGACAAUUUAAAAGAAAAUGCAAAAACACCUGAAAAUGAGUAUAUAAUAAAAUUCGAUAAUGUAACUCCAAUGCCUGAUUACACAAGAAUGUCAUCUCCGGAAAUAAUUGAUGAAUUAGACAAAUAUGGACUCAAGCCUUUCAAACGGAAAAGAGCCAUCCAAUUACUCACACACAUAUACAACCAAACACAUCCCAUCAUAGAAUCUAUGGAUGACUUACCAUCGCCAGCAAAAAGGAUGAAACUGGACGUAACACCGCCUAGUAUUCGUAAGAAAUUAUUGCCAUCACCAAAAAAAGCUCUGGAAAUGUUGGAAAUCCAAGAUAUUUAUGAAGUAACGAAUGAAGUGCCCGAGUUAAAGGAAACCGAGUGUGCGGUUGAGGACUGGGUGUUUCAGAAAAGGGAGAAAGCAAAGGUACACUCGUGCAGGGUGCCACUUCACAUAGCGUUCCAUAAUUACGUGUCCUGCCGUCGCGGCCUGCGCGAGUCGAUACUGCGCUACGAGCCCGUGGAUAUCGACGUCAUACACAAACAACUAGUGGCGUAUGGGCACAGAUACGACCCUAAAGAACUACUCAAAUUCAUGGACAAGAAAUGCAUAACCGUGAAAACAGCUGAUAAUAAAAACAAUAAGUAUUAAUAAUAUGACAAACUAAUAAUAGUAAUUUAUUGUGAGGCCAAGGAAACGAGAUAAUUAUUGCAAAAGCGCUGACCUGCGGGUCUAGAGUGUGGCAUAACAAUCACCACGCGAAAGUAUGUGUCGUUUUACUGGGAUGUUUGUGAUUGGCUAAGAGACCCUCGCGUGAAUCACGUGGUAGUCUCUCGACCAAUCAUGAUGAAACGACACGGAUUUACGUGUCGUAUUUAUUGCCACAUUCUAAGGGCUGUCACGUGACGAUAGUGAGUGUUUUUUAUACGAAUGAGUGACGAGACGGGCAAAUAGCUCGCCUGGUGGUAUGCGACACGACUGCCAAUAAACAGUAGCAACACUUUUUGAAUUACAAAGCACUGCGCUCGUCACCCUAAGAUAUAAGGUAUUU